AUGGCGAGAGUCUUCGUCUCUAUCCCUAUGCAACCCAGACAAACGGCAUUUUCUCAGCCGCAAAUUCCGUCUCCGGCGAACAAUUCCCUCGACGGAUACGGCGGUGGAGCCGGAGGAUUAAGCCUUAUCCGAAGAAUCAGAGACUGUUCCGUGGUGGCUCGAGCAGGACCAAGUACGAGUAGCUACUUGCUCGCUUUCGCCAUUCCUGCUUCUCUUAUCGCAGCCACUGUCUUCACUUCAAUAAAAAUCGCUGAUAAACUCGACCAAGACUUCCUCGAGGAUAUUGCGUUGAACCAAGCGAUAAAAGAAGCAGAAGAGGGAGAGGAUGGUGACCGUGAAAUCUCACUGGACGAUUUGAUUAAAGAACCUGUGGUUCAACGAACCCGGCCUAACCGGCCUAAACGUGAAGUUUGA